UAACAGUUACAGUGAAAGCAAGGAGAUCUGAAAAUGACGUAAUGAUAUCAAAGAAUGUGUAAACUUGUUUUGGAUUAUGUUCCUGGUGAACUCUGGUAAAACUCAGCAGGACACCCAUGAUGGAAUUCUAACAUCAAGCUACUUCUUUUUCGUUUUGUCCUGAGGACGAAGCUUUGGUGAAAGUUCUUCCACGAUGAGAGACCGCUUGGAGGAGCUGCGGAAGAGGGCUCAAGACUUUUCUGAGGCAGCAUCUGAAAACAGCGUCCCUCCCUCAGUGGAGGUUGAUAAUGACGACUCUGUGACGCCACAGGCUGUGAUGUUCGAGGAAGAGCCGGUCAUUAAGCAUUUCCUGUUUGAGGCCCAGCGAAUCAGAGAUGAUAUCACAGUGCUGGACAUAGAGGUCCUUAAGUUUGGACAGCAGCAAAAGACCCUGGUUGCAGCCAUGCGUCGUUUCAGUGUGAUGAAGAAGGAGAGCAGUAUAACCCGGGACAUCAAGCUCAAGGCCGAGAGCCUCCAUCGACGCUUAGAUGCUCUUUCAAAACAGGUCCAAAGGACUGAGGACCAACUGGGACCUAAUGCUGUUACGACCAGAAUACAACUCUCCCAGCAUGCAUCACUACACUCCAAAUUCCAGCAGGUAAUGCGGCAGUAUAAUGAAGGUCUGCUGACGAAGCAGGAGCGCUGUAAGCAUUUCAUUAUCCGGCAGCUGGAGGUAUCUGGAAGGGAUGUGACGGAGGACGAGGCGAAUGAAAUGGUGACCACAGGAAAAUGGGAGGUGUUCAAUGAGAACCUGCUGAAUGAUGCCAGAAUCACACGAUCACAACUAUCUGAGAUUGAACAGCGACACAAGGAGCUGUUGAGUCUGGAGAACAACAUGAGGGAGCUGAGGGACCUGUUUAUGGACAUUUUCAUGUUGGUGGAGGAACAAGGCUCCUACAUUGAGCACAUCCAGACCAAUGUGGAGAGGUCUCAGGAUUAUGUGGCUGCAUCUAAUGAAAAAUUCAAGAUGGCCGCCAGAUACAAGAAGAACAACCCACUGCGACAGCUGUGCUGCUGCUGCUGCCCUCCCUGGAGAUGUUGCUUAUAAACAUGUGUUUACCUCAACAUUCUUUCCGAGUAAUAUUUUAUAUUAGAAUUCUCACUUACUUGUUGGGAAUAAGGAACUUUGGAUUCAAGUACCAUUAAAGUGAAGGUUAUUAUGGCUCUGCAGUUUUGCUGUUGAACAGUGUGAAGGUGAAGAUAGAUUCAGCAGAUCAUGGAAAACAAUUAGGGUGAAAGCCAGAAUUGGUAUUUGAAGCACUUGUUUCUUUCAAGAGGAUGUGAGACGACUGCUAUUGGAAGAGACAGUUCAGUGAGUGCUGCUCACCAACACUGCUGCUUAUUGGAGACCUUCACUGUCAUCUGAUAGAGGUCACAAACAAGCCGAGACCACUGCCUCUCACUGCUGGUUCAGCAAGACCCAAGACAAGACGUCAAGACUUCUACCAAUGAGCCUCUUAGCUUUCCUCUGUCACAGGACCACACGUGACCAUUUAUUUUUGUAUACAUUAUGUGCACUUUAAGACUUAUCUAUUUUUUUUAUCUAAAUUUAAAAUGUACCCUUGUGGGAAAAGAUA